AUGACUUCAUCGUCUGAACUAAGCCUUGACUGCAAACCCUACAGCCAUUCCACGCUUCUUAAAUCAUUUGGAGAACGGAUUGCUGAUUCUGAUACCAAAAAACUUGAAGAAUUUCUAGCUUGUCUUGAAGAAGAAAGACUCAAGAUUGAUGCUUUCAAACGUGAACUUCCUCUUUGCAUCCAACUCCUCACCAAUGCUAUGGAGGUAUCAAGGCAACAGCUUCAAUCCCAUAGGGCAAGUGCAGGGCAAAGACCAGUUCUUGAAGAAUUUAUUCCACUUAAAAACGCAAGUUCUGAAGGAAAUGAAAAUGCUAUAAACAUGUCAGAUAAAACAAACUGGAUGACUUCUGUACAACUAUGGAGUCAAGCAAAUGAUGAAAUUACGAAGCAACAAUCAUCUCCAAAAGAAAGCGAUAUGGGUUUUGGAGUCAGACCCAAGCUAGGUUUAGAUGACAGGCAGAGAAAUGGAGGAGCUUUUCAUCCAUUUUCGAAAGAUAGAAAUUCAUGUCCAAGCCCAUGUUUCCCAGAUUUGGCUCUUGCUUCAUCCCACAAGGAGAUGGAAGAAAAUAAAAAGAACUCAGAAGCUAGGAGAGAAAAUCCUGGGAAGUAUACUGAUUCAUCGGCGGAGAAAGGGCAAGCUAAAGAUACACAAACCGCCGGAAACAACCACUCGACCUCCGCGCAAACUCACCGGAAAGCAAGGAGAUGCUGGUCACCGGAUUUGCACAGGCGUUUCGUUAGUGCUCUUCAGAUGCUAGGCGGUUCUCAAGUGGCCACGCCGAAACAAAUCAGAGAAUUCAUGAAGGUUGAUGGUCUGACCAAUGAUGAAGUAAAAAGCCAUUUGCAGAAAUACAGACUUCACACUAGAAGACCAAGUCCCAGCCCACACGCAGCAGCCACAGCAGGUCCCCAAGUGGUUGUCCUAGGAGGCAUAUGGGUUCCACAAGAAUAUGCAGCAGCUGCCGCCCAUGGCGGUGCCGCACCAGCUGCUCUUUACGGUGCACACCCUUCUUCUCAUGUAUCACCCUACUGUUCAGCACAACCAGUACCCCAAGAAUUCUAUUCUGCACUAACGCCGCCACAGCCACCCAUCCACCACCAGCUCCCUGUGUAUAAGCCACCAAUAUCACAGGCACAGACACAUAGCUCACCCGGGUCCGAUGUUCCGGGCGGAACCUUUGAUCGAUCUGAAAGCAUGGAAGAUGGGAAGUCUGAGAGCAACAGCUGGAAAUCUGAUAGUGUUGUGGAAAAUGGAGAGAGAAAAAGAUUGAUGCUAAAGGAGGAAGGUGAAGAGAGCAAUGGAAAUGAGAUUGCUCUUAAAUUCUGA